AUGCCAAUCUCUCCGCCCACAGCUACGAACGAGUGCAGCAAGCUCGCUCACAGGGAGCACACAUCUCAGACGCGCAGGAGGCAGCCACCAGGGCACAAUGGGGCUAUAAAUAGCAUGAAGAAGACGAAGAAGAGAGGCGAUGCGCUGCUGAGGCGAUUGACGCGUUGGUUGCUGAACAAACAAGCUGAAGUUUCCUUCUGUCUCCUCGGUGCCCUCGUGGUCACCCACACUAGCAUGGCAUCCGCACGGCCAUAUACAUCCAAGUUUUUAACGCUAUCCUAUUACAACUCAAAUACUGGGAAAUAUGCUGCAGGCCAGAAUGAUCUAUACUUCGUUGCCUUUUUCGUUGUGCUCUUGACCGGCCUACGCGCAGGCACGAUGGAAUAUAUUAUAACACCACUAGCCAAACGGUGGGGUUUAUCCAAGAGAAAAGAAGUUCUCAGGUUCUCGGAACAGGGAUGGAUGCUUGUCUACUACAAUGUGUUCUGGCCGCUGGGUGUGUACAUUUAUUACAAGUCUCCGUAUUUUCUCAAUAUGGAAGAACUCUGGACCGACUGGCCUCAGCGAGAGCUCGGUGGGCUCAUGAAAGGAUACAUGCUUGGCCAGUGGUCCUUUUGGCUGCAGCAAAUCUUAGUGAUUCAUAUUGAGGAUCGGCGGAAAGAUCACUGGCAGAUGCUGGCACAUCAUUUCGUUAGCAUCACCCUAGUGAGUGCAUGCUACGCCUACCACCAAACCCGUGUCGGUAACCUGAUUAUGGUGCUGAUGGACGUUGUUGACCUGGUUUUCCCCCUUGCUAAAUGCUUCAAAUAUCUCGGUUUUACCACAGUGUGUGAUAUCCUAUUUGGCGUAUUUAUAGCCGUAUGGUUUGUGUCGCGUCACGUCUUCUACAUUAUGACCUGCUGGAGCGUUUAUUUUGACCUUCCUCGGGUAACAAAGCCUGCGUGCUUCAGGGGUUCAGCAGAGCAACUUCGUGGGCCACUGCCUGCUUCCUCCACCUGGUCUGACCUCUUGGAGCCCUUCCUUAACCCUGUUGGUACUGUCUGUUGGGGUAAUAACAUCAUGAUUGGCUUCCUGUCCUUUCUUCUGAUAUUGCAGGUCAUGAUGAUGAUAUGGUCCGUAUCAAUUAUCAGGGUAGCUAUCCGAGUGCUUAAAGGCAACGGUGCAGAAGAUAUUAGGAGCGAUGACGAAGAAGACGAAGGUGAUGAAGAGGAAGAGCAUAAGGACGAAGCUCAACCUCGAGAGGAAGAAGUUGGUGUGGAAACAAUUGGCUUGAAAGACUGGGUGCGACGUGCUGGUAUUGGGGGAGGUGCAAGCUCAACCAGUGUUCGGUUAUCUGGGCAAGGCCACCGCAAAGAACUACUGAAUAGGAUCGGUUGUGAGAAGCAGGUUGAUUAA